AUGGCUUCUCGGGGUAAAUCAGAAACAAGUAAACUGAGACAAAACAUGGAAGAACAGCUGGACCGGUUAAUGCAACAGCUUCAGGAUUUAGAGGAAUGCAGAGAAGAGCUUGAAGAUGAGGAAUACGAAGAAACUAAAAAAGAGACUCUAGAACAGUUGAGCGAGUUCAAUGAGUCACUGAAGAAGUUAAUGUCAGGGAACAUGACACUAGUUGAUGAACUUGGAGGAAUGCAGCUGGCAAUACAAGCUGCCAUCAGUCAGGCCUUUAAGACACCUGAAGUUAUUCGUCUGUUUGCUAAAAAGCAGCCAGGGCAACUGCGGACAAGACUGGCUGAGAUGGACCGUGAUGUGAUAGUUGGAAAGUUGCCUCAAGACUUGUACACUCAGCAGAAAGUGGAGAUCCUCACAGCUCUGAGAAAACUUGGCGAGAAGCUUACAACAGAGGAUGAAGCGUUUCUUGCUACAAAUGCCAGUGCAACUCUGAGCCAGUUUGAGAAGGUGACUGCAAGCCUGGGUAAAUCUGAAGAUAAGAUAAUGGCAUUGGCCAGUUCUGGAGUUGAGAAUACCCAGACGUAA